AUGGCACCGCUACGAAAAUGUCGUAACGACAAAGCAACCGUUGAUUUAAUCAACUACACUCGUACAACCUUACCUCCGCUCAAGUGGAAAGGAGCGCUGUUAACCAGUUGCCUUUCAAGUCGCGUUCGUUCUCCGCGUCUACAUUACACAAACAAAAUGAGGGCGCUGCUGGUUUUAGCCUUACUUACUUUUAUAUGCGGUGCAUUGGCCAAGAACAAAAAAGAUGACAAAGUAAAAAUAGCCGUGUACUACGAAUCCCUAUGUCCUGACAGUAAAAAGUAUAUAACUGAACAAUUAGCCCCCAUAUGGAGAGACUUCCGCGGGCUCGUCAAAGUGAAGCUUGUACCUUAUGGGAAAAGCACGCACGAUCAAUUAGACGGCAAAUGGGUAUUUAACUGCCAUCACGGCGAGGCAGAAUGCUUUGGAAAUAAGAUCCAAUCCUGCAUUUUGAAAGACCGCAAACUACAGGACACUGAGAAAAUGGAGAUGAUCAUCUGUUUGAUGAAACAGACCAACCCCGAUAAGUCUCUUGACACGUGUCUAAAAAGUGUCAAGCGUGAAGCGGAAUCGGACAAAAUAAACCGUUGUGCAAAUGGCAGCCAGGGGGACUCCUUGCUCGCGUCGUACGGGGACAAGACCGACGCGGUGCAGCGGCCGUUGUCAUUCGUACCUACAGUUGUUAUCAAUGAGAAAUACGAUCAAGCGGUGCAAGACGAGGCCAUGACUAACUUAAAGGCAGUGGUUUGUCGCAACCUGCCAAAUAAACCGCCGACAUGU